CUUGCCGCCAACUGCCAUUCUCAAUGAAGUCCUUUUGAAAGUCAACAAACUCAGAGUCUUGCUCUCUUUGCUUUCUCACUAUUUCUUUUGAUUGGGCUCUUUUCUCUUGACCUCGAGUUUACUCAGUAACUUUGUGGUUGGCAUGGAUGGAAUAAAAGAAAAACAUACAAUCGUGGAGUUUUUUCGCAGUUUUUUUCGGAAUGCAACUGAUGAUGACAGUAUUGGGUUAGACACACCCAUUGAAAUAAGGUAUAAAAAUGAUCAAACGAAAAAUCUUCACCAUUUCUGCUCACUUCAAUCGAACGAAAUGAACACCCUCCUUGCUCUUUGCUCACUUCUUGCUGUGGCUUCUGCCCAAUACUUGUAUUAUCCAACAAGUUAUUACACACCAUACUAUUACUAUUAUCCAACCGCUGCAGUUGCUGGUACCACUGGAGUUGCUCAGCAAACUCAGGCUGGUGGAGCUUCCCAACAAGCUUAUGCUCAACAGCAACCACAACAAAACCAACAGUAUGCUCAAGGAACCCAACAACAACAACAACAGUAUUAUCCACAACAAACGCAACAGGGUCAGCAACAACAAACUCUUCAAUACCAACAAGGAGUUCAACAGCAACCAGUACAGUAUGAUCAAUCAGGAAAUACCCAACAGGUUCAAUAUGAUCAAUCAUCCCAAAUGCAGCAACAACCACAACAACAACAGCAAUACACGCCUCAAUAUGAUCAAUCUGGAAAUACUCAAAAUCAUCAGCAAGGAACUCAACAGACUGGAGCUGUGGCUGCUCAGCCACCUUACUACUAUUAUACAUCUCCAUACUAUUAUUAUGCUUAUGGAAGAAAAUAGAAGAGUAUUACGGAACUUGCCCAGCCCAUCGUUGUUUCAUAUUAUGAUUUCAUUCCUCACACUGCCUUUAUGCGAACGAAAAUAAUUGAAAAAAAAAACAAUAAAUGAUUCGAAAUUU